AUGCCGCUCUUAUCAGCAAAACGCCAGAUCCGCCCCCCCCACCAAACCACUCCCCCAUUUCCCCGCUUCUUCUUCUCUCUAUCUCUGCAUGGUCUCUGCCUUUCUUCAUUCAGCGGCACCCCCGACACAUUUAAACCUACGUUUUCUUUCUCAUCUUUCUUUCUUUUUCUUUCUUUCUUCAGAUUAUAUUUAAAUAAAAGAUUUUCUUUCCUUCUUUCUUUCUUUCUUUCUUUCUUUCUUUUCAAUAAGACAUUUUAUGUCUUCCGAUUUUUGAAAAUAAGACAUUUUAUUUCUUCAUCCUUUCUUUCUUCAAUUAUCUUUUCAAUAAAUUUUCUAUCCUUCUUUCUUUCUUUCCUUCUUUCUUCAAUUAUCUUUUCAAUAAGUCCUUUUCUUUCUCUAUCUUUCUUUCUUUUUCUUUCUUUCUUCAGAUUAUAUUUAAAUAAGAGAUUUUCUAUCCUUCUUUCUUUCUUUCUUUCUUUUUUUCUUUCUUCAAUUUCCUUUUCAAUAAGACAUUUUGUCUUCCGAUUUUUGAAAAUGAAACAUUCUUUUCUUCUUGCUUUUUUCUUCAAUUUUCUUUUCAAUAAAACAUUUUCUUUCUGUUUCUCUUUUCUUCAGAUUUCAUUCAAAUACGAGAUUUUAUAUUUUCUUUCUUUCUUCAGAUUUUUUCCAAAUAAGAAAUUUUCUUUUUUUCUUCUUUCUUUAUUCAAUUUUCUUUUAAACAUUUUCUCUUUUCUUUCUUUCUCUCUUUCUUUCUUUCUUUCUUUCUUUUCUUCAUUUUUUAAAAUAAGACCUUUCUUUCUUCUUUCUUUCGUACUUCAGGUUUCUUUUAAACUGGACAUUUUAUAUUUUCUUUCUUCUCUUUCUUUCUUUCUUUUUUCUUUUUCUUUCUUUAGUUUUCUGUUAAAUAAGACCUUUUCUUUCUUUCUUUCUUUCUGUCUUGCUUUCACUUUUUAUCUCUUUCUUUCUUUCUCUCUUUCUUCUCUUUCUUUCUUUAGUUUUCUGUUAAAUAAGAUAUGUGUUUAA